AUGUCUAUAAAAGCACAGGCCUUUCAGCAAGCGUGCCGUGCAAGGCUCACUCCGCCCACAGCAGUCUGCACACGUCCUAAUACCCGGUACGCAAGCCAGACGUCGACUUCAUCUUCGUCCUCGUCGAACCCCACCUUCCCGUCAUCCGCCAGCGCCCGCCGUCGUGCCAUUACGGUCACCUCCGACGAUGGGCGCUACCACUGGUCAGAACUCUCCACUGGCGAGAAAGCUGCUCGAGGCACGCAACAGACCUUCAAUGCUGCCCUCGUUGCCGCCGGAGUCGGUGGAACCUGUCUCGUCUCGUACUUUCUCUAUCAAGAGCUCUUCGCGGCAGACUCCAAGACUGUGCAGUUCAACCACGCCGUUGAUAGAGUGAAGGCAAGUCAAGAGUGCAGAGAUCUGCUGGGUCCGAGUCGGAAGAUUGUAGCCUUCGGCGAGCCGACGAGCAGCAAAUGGGCACGUGCACGGCCGUUGGCAUACACCACCAACGUCGACCGGACAGGCACGAUGCACUUCAGGAUGCACUUCAACGUCGAGGGCGAGAAGGCGGGAGGUGUGGUUGUAGUGCACAUGACCAAGCCUGCAGGAGAAGACAGGCUGGAGUACAGACUGCUGAGCCUGAGCGUGCCCGGUCAUCCUACAAUCUACCUAGAAAACAAGGACAACGAGGGCAUCAAAGCCAGGGCAAACAAAAUCAUGGGCGUUCAGUGGAGGUGA